UGUUAGUUGCUAGCAAAACGUGACGGACUUUGCAGAUCUGCAGAAGAUUUAAACAUGGAGAAUUCCUGUGAGCCCCAAAAAAAAAUAACUCCCGAUCAAGAGUUGGUUGAGGAGUCAGUUCAGCAUGAUAAUGAAGUUGCUAAAGUGUUAGAGCAAGACGGCGGAGGCGAAUUGGAAGCGGAUUCAAUUCCAAACGUCACCAGCAACAGCGUCGUCGCCGUUAUUGUUCAGGAGCCAGUUUACGGCCGCGAAUUGGAAUCUGAUUCCGGCAUCUCAAGUGGACCGGAUUCCAGCAUGGAACCACGGUCGCGGCGCGUUCGAAUCGUCGGCAGGCUCGAAAUUGAUAGUGCGGAGAGAUAUCGUGCCUUGACUCCUCAAUCCAUAGCUAACGUACUCCAUAGCAUGCGUCCCGAUCAGCGUUUCUUAGCAGAGUAUAUUAUCUGCUCGACGCUCGCCCUUGGCCACGAAAAUCGUAUAUUGACCAUCAUGCCCAAUUUCAACUCCAUCAGCGAUGACGAUGAUGCGCAAUAGGGCAAAAAUAUUGGAGAAACACCCCUAUAUGACGCAUAAUAAUAGUU